AUGGCAGGCGACACAUAUUAUGACCUUGGCCAUUACCGUCGGCCAGUCACGACGGUUGACGAGGAAGCCCGGCUUUGGUUCGAUCGCGGACUGCUAUGGAGCUAUGGGUUCAAUCAUGAGGAAGCCGUCAAGUGCUUUGAAAAGGCCAUUGCCCGCGACGGCAACUUUGCCAUGGCCUAUUGGGGAGCUGCGUACGCAUUGGGGCCCAACUACAACAAGCCCUGGGACUUUUUUGACGCAACCGAGCUCGAGACUACCGUGCAGAGAACUCACAGAAUGGUGGAAGAAGCGACGAAGUUAGCUGGCACUGUAUCGCCGGUAGAGAAGGCCUUGAUUGACGCGCUACACUUUCGGUAUCCUCGAGAGCAUGCUGAUGGAGACUUCCCCAUCUGGAACAAAUAUUACGCCGAGGCAAUGGAAAAGGUUUAUCAAGAGUUCCCCAAUGACCUCGACGUAGCCACUCUGUGUGCAGAUGCUCUGAUGAAUCUGACUCCUUGGCAACUAUGGGAUCUCCAGACGGGCAAGCCAGCUGAUGGAGCUCGUACUCUUGAUAUCAAGAAUAUAUUGGAUCAUGCGAUGGCGUUGGACCGUGGCAUGCAACACCCAGGAUUGCUCCACCUCUACAUACAUCUGAUGGAAAUGUCUCCCACACCUGAAGCUGCGAAACCAGCUGCCGACUCUCUGCGCACUUUGGUUCCAGACGGUGGUCACCUCAAUCAUAUGCCCACACACAUCGACCUCUUACUUGGCGACUAUGACUUGGGGAUCCAGUCAAAUCAGAGGGCCUUUGAAGCAGACGAAAAGUUUCUAGCUCGCGAAGGACCGCUCAACUUCUACACGCUCUACCGGAUGCACGACUACCAUUUUUGUAUAUAUUCCGCAAUGUUUGCCGGUCGGUCCAAGGUCGCGCUCGAAACAGUCACGCGGAUGGAGAGCUCCUUGUCCGACGAAUUACUGCGCGUCGAGUCGCCGCCCAUGGCAGAUUGGCUCGAGGGCUUCCUGGCCAUGAGAGUCCAUGCUCUUGUGCGCUUCGGCCGCUGGGAGGAUAUUGUAGGCUUGGCUUUGCCUAAGGAUCCCAAACUCUAUUGCACCACGACGGCAAUGAUGCACUAUGCCAAGGCCAUUGCAUUUGCUGCCUUGGGCGAUAUAAAGAAUGCCGAAAAAGAGCGAGAAAAUUUCUUCGUCUCUCAAAAAGCUGUUCCCGAGUCUCGCAUGCUAUUCAACAACAAAUGCGUCGAUAUCCUCAAAGUGGCAGAGGCCAUGAUGGAGGGAGAAAUCGAGUACCGUCGAAAGAAUUACGAGGCAGCAUUUGCAAACCUCAAGGAAGCCAUUGCACGAGAUGACGGACUGCCCUAUGAUGAGCCUUGGGGCUGGAUGCAACCUACUCGUCACGCGUAUGGCGCACUCUUGAUGGAGCAGGGUCACUACGAACAGGCUGCCGGCGUAUAUGCCGAGGAUCUGGGGCUUGACAAUAAACUUCCGCGCGCCCUUCGCCAUCCCAAUAAUGUGUGGGCACUGCACGGAUAUCACGAGUGUAUGGUAAAACUGGGGAGAAGGGAGCAAGCCCAGAGUAUUGCAUCGAAACUGGAAAGCGCGCUCAAGAAGGCAGACGUACCCAUCAAGGCAUCUUGCUACUGUCGCCUAAGCGCAGUCCAAUAA